CAGGGGCAUCGGCAAGUCCGCCUCGCUGGCGUCCCUGCACGGGGCGCUGCCGCCCUCGCCCGCCCGCAAGCGGGGCUCCCGUGCUGGCUCGACGGCGGCGGCAGCGCAGGGCGCCCCGGCCGGCGCCCCGGCCUCGCCGGAGCACGCCGGCGCCUGGGCGUUGCUGCCGGCUGUGCUCGAGGGCCUGCUCGCCGAGGACAGGAGCGACACGCCAGCGUGCUGCGCCCUGGACUUCGUGGAGGCGCUGCUGGAGCUGGUCGGUGCCCUGGCCCUCGCCGAGCAGUGCGAGCAGGCAGCCAGCAGGCGCAGGGCUGGAGGCAGCCUGGAGCCGGCAGCGGACUUCGAGGCUUCCACGGCUGGUGGCCCUGGGGACCUGGUGUCCAGCCUCCUCCAGUGGAGCCGCUGCCUCUUCGUGCCGCCCCGGGGCCUCGUCUGCUGCCUCGCGGGCAGGCUGCCGCCCGCCGCUGGCCCGCUGCACAAGCGCCUCGCAGCGUGCGAGCUGGCGCUGUUCCGGGUCCCUGGCGCCGGCGGCCUGGUGUACGCGAGCGAGGGCCACAUAGCGGAGUAUUACGUGAGGCGGCACUUCCUCGAGCUUGCGCGCUUCUACCACAGCAAGGGCCCCGCCAGCGGGGAGGGCUGCGUGCCCAUGUGCCGCCUCCACCUGCAGGCCCUGCUGGCCCUCGCGAGCCUCCGGGGCGAGGGGGAGCUGCUGCGGCGCGCCUUCCAGCAGUUCGCCGUCAUCGACUUCCUGGUCGGCGAGGUGGACCUGGAGCACGAGACGCGGCAGAUGCGCGAGAGGUUCCUGCGGGCCGCGCAGCACCGCGCGAGGAGGCUGGACGCGAGCAGCGGCGGCAGCUCGGUCGGUGCGGGCGGCUCCCGGGGCCCCUCGCGCGCGCCCAGCGCUGGCGCGCUGGAGGCGCUGGGUGCCACGUGGCCAGUGGCUGAUGGCCAGCUGGGCGGCUCUAGGAUCCUCAGCUUCAGCCGGCUGCCGCGGCCCCCCGCCUUGGCCCCAGACGAGUCGGCUGGGAGCGGGCGGGCGCCCAUUGCGGCCUCCGCGGGGAGCUCGCCGUCUUCUCCCGGGAGCGGGCGCGCGCCCCCUGCGGCCCUGCGGAGCGCCCCCGCCCGGGGCCCAGCCCACGCGCGCCCCGUGCCCGCGCUGCGCUUCCAGGGCAUCCGGCCCUCGCUGCAGGGCUGCUCGGGCCUCGGCGCGCCGCCGCCCGAGGAGCCGGGGGGCGACCACGACGCGGCGGCGGGCGGCGGCCCGGCGACGCCAGGAUCGGGCUCGACGCUGCGCGGGAAGCGGCCCGCGAACUCCGGGAGGUUCUCCUUCACGGAGCUCCGGGAGCACCUGCACGAGGGAGGCGGCUCCUCCGACUCCAGCUCCUCGUCGGCUCCGACCCCGCGCCCUGCGGGCCCGCGCAGCCCGGAGCCCAGCGACCCCGCUCGCCACCGGGACCACGCGUCGAAGGAGGCCCGGUCCCCGGCCGCCUCGGAGGCGCUCCUGCCGCCCCUGCUGGAGCCCGCGGCGCGCGUGAGAGAGACCCCUC